AUGGAAUGGGUAGCAAUCACGGGCGGGUGCUUAGGUGAUUGCUUUGCUGUUUGAUUUUAUCAAUUCAUUGGUAUUGAAAAUGAGAUUAUUUAUCCAUAUUGCUAGCUUAAGCAUCGAAAGCUCCUCCGAGACUCCCAAGUCCAAUCUUUGGUUGCAGGUGAUUGCAUACGAAUGGUGGUGAAACACGUCCAUAAGCAAUGAGAUGCCAAAGAAAUAUCUAAUUUUUUGGUAUUGAGCCGUUUUUUUAAAAUGCUAGCGGCGAAAUGAUAGGUGAACUCUUGCCAUCCUUCCAACAUAUAUGAAUUGAAUAAAAUGGUUUUCACCAAUUUCUUCUUUCUUUGAAGUCCAGCUAGUACUUCGUAUAAAGAUACUCCUAGAUUCUUGCUGAACAUGUCAGCUUCUUUUCGAGUAUCAAUUAAUGUAAAACAGUGCAGCGGUAUUGCUAGAUCACCAAUCUUGAACUGUGUCCGAAGUAGUAUACCAUUGUUAUCGGAUCCCAAGCUUCAAUAUGGAUGCCGAAUUUAUUUUUACCACUCAGUGAAUGAGACGGGAAUGGCCAGAUUUGCGACACCUGGAAGAGAUUAUAGCGCAAACUCGAAUGUGGCACGGUCAAAUUGGCUGAUUACUAAGCUCUGCAGAGAGGGUAAAAUAGGAGAAGCACAGCGGGUGUUUGAUGGUAUGUGCGAGAGAGAUGUGGUCACAUGGACGACAGUGAUCACGGGGUAUAUAAAGUGUGGCAUGGUUGAGGAGGCAAGGAGGUUGUUUGGUAGAGUGGAUGCUAAGAAGAAUGUGAUUACUUGGACGGCUUUGGUUAGUGGGUAUAUAAGGUUAAAUAGGAUUAAGGAAGCGGAGUGGUUGUUCUAUGAGAUGCCGGUUAAGAAUGUGGUUUCUUGGAACACAAUGAUUGAUGGGUAUGCAAGAAAUGGUAAGGUUGAUUUGGCUUUGGAUUUGUUUGAGAGGAUGCCGGAGAGGAAUGUGGUUUCAUGGAAUACCAUUAUAACAGCACUGGCACAAUGUGGGAUGAUUGACAAGGCACGAAGGCUUUUUGAACAGAUGCCGGAAAGGGAUGUUAUUUCUUGGACUGCUAUGGUUGCAGGUUUGUCGAGAAAUAGGAGGAUUGAUGAGGCACGGGUACUUUUUGAUCUGAUGCCCGAAAGGAACGUAGUUUCUUGGAAUGCUAUGAUUACAGGUUAUGCACAGAAUAAGAGGUUGGAUGAGGCUUUUGACUUGUUUCAGAGAAUGCCGGAGAGGGACAUGCCAUCAUGGAAUACCAUGAUUACGGGAUUUAUUCAGAAUGGGGAGUUAAGUAGGGCAUGGAAGUUGUUUCAUGAAAUGCCUCAAAAGAAUGUGAUAUCUUGGACUGCGAUUAUCACGGGGUAUAUUCAAGAUGGGCAAAGUGAAGAAGCAUUGAAGAUUUUCUCAAAAAUGCUGGCGGUCGAUAUGGUGAAACCCACGCAGGGAACUUUUGUGACUGUUUUGGGUGCUUGUAGUGACCUAGCUGGUCUUACUGAGGGAAAGCAAAUUCAUCAGAUGAUAAGUAAAACAACCUAUCAGGAUUGUGCAUUUGUGGUGUCAGCACUCAUAAACAUGUAUUCAAAGUGUGGGGAGUUGGGUACCGCCAGGAAGAUGUUUGAUGAUGGGAUGACAAGCCUUAGGGAUUUAGUUUCUUGGAAUGGUAUGAUUGCAGCCUAUGCACACCAUGGAUGUGGCAGAGAGGCAAUUAACUUGUUUCGUGAAAUGCGGGAAUUAGGGGUUCAACCUGAUGAUGUCACCUAUGUGGGGUUGCUCUCAGCAUGCAGCCAUGCUGGUUUGGUAGACGAGGGGCUAAAGCAUUUUGAUGAGCUUGUAAGAGAUGAAUCCAUAAUCGUGAGAGAAGAUCACUACACAUGCUUGGUUGAUCUUUGUGGCCGUGCCGGGAGGCUUAGAGAGGCAUUUGAUUUUAUAAAGCGGCUUGGGACUAAGCCAUCAGCAUCUGUUUUGGGGGCUCUACUCGCUGGAUGUAAUGUUCACGGGGAUAUGGACAUGGGGAAGCUGGUUGCAAAGGAGCUUUCAGAGUUGGAGCCAGAGAAUGCAGGCACGUAUUUAUUAUUGUCUAACAUAUAUGCUUCGGCUGGGAAGUGGAGAGAAGCUGCUAAAGUGAGGCUGAAAAUGAAGGCUAAGGGAUUGAAGAAACAGCCUGGUUGCAGUUGGAUAGAGAUUGGGAAUAGUGCACAUGUGUUUGUUGUUGGCGAUAAGUCUCAUAGUCAAUCAGAACGUAUUUGUUCAUUACUUCUGGGUCUUCAUGAAAAAAUGAAAAAGGUUGGAUAUAUAUCAGACGAUGAGUUGAUGGUGGAUGAGGGAUUUUCUGUGACAUGAAUGUUGG